CAGGGAAGGUCAGGUUGUAGGUGUGGGACAGGUUACAGAGAUAGGGAGGGUGUAUGGGGAUGUAGGCGUGCAGAGGGUACAGAGAAGGGACAAGAGUUUUGGAGUGGAGGCGUUGCUGGAGAGGGAGCUGGGGGCGGCGGCGGGCAGAAGGGCCGUGGAGGUCGGGGACGGUGAGAGUCAGACCUCGGGCCAGCAGUGUCCUGUAUGACGUACUGUUGGACAUUCAGUGACCUUACUGUUUAGAUUGUGGACUCCGGUAUUUACACGGUUUACCCAUUAACCACGCUCAAUGACAAGUUCUGUCCCUACAGUCCCAGAGAGAAGCAUCCGCGGCCUCGGAAUGGCCUCGCUGUCUGUGUCCGAGUUUUUCCUCCUUUUCCUGCUCCCUGUUACUGUACGAGGUGACCUCCCCGAUGGAGCAAGCUGUGAUCCCAGCGUGAACAUAACCGGGGGCACGGUGACCCUGUCUAAUGGUGUGGCCGUCGGCAGCGUCCUGAGGUACAUUUGUCCUCCCGGCUUCUAUCCGCAUCCGACAGGGAGCCGGACGUGCCAGAGCAGCGGCCAGUGGAGCACCAUGAGAGAUUCGCACAGAAGGAUUGUUCAAAAGGCCAUGUGCAGAGGAUUUCGCUGCCCAGCUCCUUCGAUCGAACACGGGACCUUCUUCCCGUACCGAGCGUCGCACGCUCCGGGGGACACGGUCAGUUUCGUCUGCGACGACGGCUACCAGCUGCUGGGUUCGAGCAGCCGGACCUGCCUGUCCAAUGGACGGUGGAACGGGAGAACGGCCGGCUGUGAAGAUGGAAUGGACACCUGCCCAAAUCCCGGAAUUCCGCCUGGAAGCGUGAAAUAUGGGAAGAAUUAUGGCGUGGGCGAUAAGGUCCGAUACCGGUGCCAGGGGGAGCUGAUCCUGAUCGGCUCUCCGGAGAGGGUCUGCCUGGAGUCGGGCGAGUGGACGGGCUCCGAGCCCAGCUGCCAGCACAAGCAUUCCUUCGACCUCCCUGAAGAAGUGGCGACGCAUUUCUCUUCCUCCUUCUCCCUCCUGCUGAGUGAGUCCAAGGAGGAGAAGGUAACUCCGGCUGAGGUCGGCCGGAAGAUCAGCCUGAGGCAGGAUCAGAAGCUUCACAUAUACGUCCUGUUGGAUAUCUCCGGGAGCAUUACGAAGGACGAGUUUCAGAGAGCGAAGGAAGCCCUGAGCAAGUUCAUUGACAUGAUCAGUCGCUUUGAGGUGGGCGUGAGGUUCGGGAUCCUGCUCUUCGGCUCCCGGACCCGUAUGGUCGUCAACCCCGCUGAUGAGGAGGCCGUUUACUCCCAAGAGGUGUCCAAUAUCGUGUCGGAGAUGAAGUACGACGACUACGUGGUCGACACAAACAUGGGGACUAACGUGACCGGAGCUUUGAAAAGCGUCUACGAGAGGAUGAGCUUCGCCCGGGCAGCGAUGAAGGACAAGCUGUCGGAAUGGAAUGAGAUCCGCCAUGUGAUCCUGAUCUUUACCGACGGCAGAGCCAACGUGGGCGGCUCACCCGCGCCGAUGAUGAAUCGCAUUCGGAGUUUCCUGGAUAUCGAUAAUUCCCGGGAAGACUAUCUGGACGUCUACGUGUUUGGACUUGGAGACAACGUGGACAAGGAGCAGAUCAACUCCGUUGCGUCCAAGAAGACCAACGAGAGACACGCCUUCUUCCUGGACAAGGAGGAGCUCGACACCGUCUUCAGCUCCAUGUUGGACCUCUCGUCAGUGGGAAAUCUCUGCGGAUUCGCCAACAAGAGUUUAGUUGUGACCGAUCAGAGCUCCUACCGGUUCGCCGACAUCCUCCACGGCAAGAAGCCGGACAGCCGCUGCUCCGGCUCCGUCGUGGCUCCGCAGUGGAUUCUGACAGCGGCUCAUUGUUUCGGGAAUCUGGCGGAGGACGGUCCCGGCGUCCUGUCCGUACGCAUGGGGAGUUCCGACAAGGUGAUGGUGGCGGUGCAGCGGGUCAUUGUUCACCCGCUCUACAACCUGACCAGGAAGGCCGCGGAGAAGAUCCGGGAGUUCUACGACUAUGAUGUGGCCCUGAUUAAGUUGGCUAGAAGGCUGAAUUUCACAACGCACAUCAGACCCAUCUGCCUGCCGUGCACCCAGGAGACCAGCGUGGCUCUGCGCAGACCGCGGGAGGGAACGAGCUGCUCCGAUCACGAGAGCGAGCUGCUGCCGGCGGCCGGAACGGUGGAGGCAAAAUUUGUCCGCACAGAGGGAAACAAUCAGGUCCUGAAGACGGUGAAAAUAAAGACCGGGGAUACGGUGCGGGCAGCGUGUGAAGGAGACGCCCUCCGUGCCGACGUGUACGUUAAUGUGAGCAACGUGAGGGAGGUGGUAACCGACCGCUUUCUGUGCACAGGAGGCAAUGAGGAGGCCGUCAGCUGUAAGGGAGACUCAGGGGGCCCCCUGUACGUGGGAAAGCUGUAUCGGUACAUCCAGGUGGGCGUCGUGAGCUGGGGCGUGAAGGACGUCUGCAGGGCAUGGCGACCCCCACCCUACGCCAGAGACUUCCACGUCAACGUGUUCCGGGUGCUGGACUGGCUGGGGGAACAUCUGGCUGGGAGCGUGCGCUUCCUGCAGCCCUAGGCUAAAGCGGCCUAGGGGAGCACCACUGCUGCCCCCCCCCCCCGACCCCCUGGUCCCUCACUACCCCCUCCCUAUUGGACCCCGACACCCACACAGGGACAUCACCCCAAGCCUGGUCACCAGCCCUCACUCCCCUCUGUCUCACAGAUUAACACAACCCCCUGCCCCUGGUCACUCAUCUGUGAUGACAGCAAAUAUAGAUUCAUACAGGACAGAAACCGGCCCUUUGGCCCAUCUCGCCCAUGCUGACCCGGACCAUCAACAUUCAUCCAGUUGCCCACAUUUGGCCUGUAUCCCUCCACACCUUUCCUGCCGAAGGAGCUGUCCAAAUGUCCUUCUACCGUUGUCAUUGUACCUGCCUCUACUGCUUCCUGUCACUGAUCGCUCCCACCCCUCACAUCUCCUUUACACCUCCCCUCUCACCUUAAACCUGUGCCCUCUAGUUCUGGACUCCCCACCCUGACAACAAGACCCUGACUAUCCCUUCUGUCUACACCCCUCUACAAGGUCACCCCUCAGCCUCCCACGUCCCAGUGAGAACAGUCCCAGCCUGUCCAAUCUCUCCCUGUAACUCCAGCCCAACAUCCUGAGGAAUCUCUCCUGCACCCUCUGUCACUACCCCAUCCUUCCUGUGGUGUGGGGACCAGCACUGUUCGCCAUGCUCUAGGAACAGGCUCCCCCCACUCCCACACCCCGUUAAGGCCUCUCAGAACCUUCCCAAUUCAGUUAACUCUCCUUGCACUGUCCCAGAGGAGACUCCCCCAGCUCAACAGUUCCCCCACCCCCACAGCUGUAAGCCUCCAGCCCUGCGUCUCCCUCCACACUCCCAUCCUGUGGUGUGGAGACCGGAACUGCACACAGUGCACAGUUUCUGCGUGUUUUCCAUGCCGUUGUCUCACGGAGACGGGACAAGGGUCUCUCCCUCCACCCAGGGAUGCCCAGAUGCACAUGGGACACAGCUGACGGCGAGACACACAGUGCGGUCUGGCUGUUUAUUUACAUUGGGGGGUGCAGCAGCUGUCUGUG